AUGGCUUCAUCUUCCAGCCUUUCGUACAGCAAUCGUGCUGCAAAACAUCAGCACCCUGUCACCAAGCGCUUCUUCGAAACCGCUGACGCUGAGAAGUCAAACCUGAUAGUUUCCGCAGAUCUCACGACCACUGCCGAGCUUCUUGAUUGCGCAUAUGUUCUGGGGCCCUACAUCGACGUAUUAAAGACGCAUGUUGACUUGCUUUCCGACUUCGAGCCAAAGACGGUUGAGGGACUCAAGUUCUUCUCAAAAAAACACAACUUCAUGAUAUUCGAGGAUCAGAAGUUUGUGGACAUCGGCAACACUGUCCAAAAGCAAUAUCAUGGUGGUGCGCUUCGUAUCUCCGAGUUUGCGGACAUUGUUAACGUCAGUAUUCUGGCCGCGGAGGAUUUACCCUACUCGAACGAAAGAGCAUUCAUCAUCCUCGCGGACAUGACGUCCAAAGGAAGCCUCGCAACUGGAACCUAUACAGAGAAGUCUGUGGAGUUUGCAAGGAAGCAUAGCGAUUGUGUCAUUGGAUUCGUUGCUAUGAAGUCGUUGGCCGAUAUCAACGCCAGCCUCCCAGCUAUCCCCAACGAGGACUUCAUCAUCUUCACUACUGGUAUUAAUUGGUCGAGCAGUGGUGAUAAACUCGGCCAACAAUACAAGACUCCGGCGCAGGCCGUUCAAGGUGAUGCAGACUUCAUUAUCUCGGGAAGAGGAAUCUACGCAGCAGUGGAUCGCGUGGAGACAGCGAAGCAGCACCAGAAGGAGGGUUGGGAUGCUUACUUGGACCGUCUUUAG